AUGCUAUCACACACUACGUUAAUUGCUGUUGUGGUCACAAAGGAAGAUUCCAAUUUACUUACUCAAGGUUUCACUAAAUAUCAGCCUACUAAGGAUGAAUUUAAAGUCAUUCGAUGGAAAUACUUUUACCCUUUUGAAAAACCCUACACUGAUUUUUCUGUGGGUGACGUUGUGAUGCUUGUGGGAAAAUUUGUUGUUAAAAAUUUAGAACAAUAUCUUAUUGCUUCUAAUAUUAGUAUUAUUGCUGUUAGUGGUCUGAACCGGGAAUUUGAAUCAGACGAGAUUCCGCUUAGUGUGCCGCAUUGUAUGUUUCUCGUGUUGGUCAAACGUGACCCACAACCAAUCAGGGAUUCUACUUUUUUUGAUGUGGAGUGCUUUCAAUAUAACUCAUUUACUAAUUCUAAACGAGUUCUUAUGAAGUUAAGAAUCCUUUAUUCUACGAAUGUGCCUCGAUUUGCUUAUAUACAUGCUAAGAACAGUAUUAAGCCAGGUCGAACAUUUCUCGUAUCGGGUUUUGUUAGACAUAUAAAUCCUGAGGCAAUUGCAAUAGAAGCUACGGAUAUUGAUUUUAUGUAUGCAUUUAAUGCAGUUGUUAAUCAUAAUGUGCAGGAGAUUCCCUCAAUGACUAUUUCUAUUGAUGAAAUUGAAUCUACUAUCUCACAGACACCAAAAAAAAACAAUAUAUUGGCCACGAAUUCUCAUAGUACAACUUCUGCCCCUUCUGCAUAUGCUUCUUCUAGUACUGAAGCGACUAAACUUCAGAAGGGUAAGAAGAAGCUAUCUGAUUUAGCUUUGGACUGUCUUGGAUUGAACAUUGUUGACGAACAAGAAAAUAAAAGUGAAGACGAUAAUAAUAUGGCAGAUGAUGAAGUCAUUGAUUUAGAAGAACAAAUUUCUGAUGAAAAAGCAAAGAAAAGAAGAAAAAAGAAU